CUUCAGAAUCUGUGUCCUAGCUUGCGCUUUCUUCAGUGAAUGCUAGAGAGUGAAGGCAAGCUAGAUGUGCCUCAAGGAAACGUGUAAUGACUACCAGUUCAUCAGAUUACCUAAUGAGACAAUUCAGCAGAGUCAACAGUGCCAAACAACUUCCAACUACUGACUGGGAUUUCUCUCAACCAACUCCACUACUCGAUUCUGAUCAUGACACCGAGGAGAGGAAGCUAGUUGUGCUGAUAGAGUGGAUUUCUACCAUUCUACCUGAUCUGAAACUCCAACCAAAAGCUUCAGUUGAAGAGCUGAGAGAAUGCCUUAGUGAUGGCACUGUUCUUCUGAAGAUCUUGAAGAAAGUUAGGCCAGGAUCUUUCACAGAAGAUGUAAAUCUCGUCACUUGGAUUGCAGUGAAUAACCAGGCAAGUUAUGGAGUUACCUUUUCUGAUCAUGUUGGUAAAUUUUCUGCCUUGCGAAUAAUGCAGGAUGGAAGUUUGGAGGGUCGGAAAGCAUCACCUCACCAGAAUGUUCAACGAUUUCUGGACAACAUCAAUGAAAGGGGGAUCCCCAAGUUUGAGAUUGCAGACUUGGAGAAGGGUUCUCUUAAGAGAGUGGUGGAUUGCCUGCUAUCACUGAGAGUAAGGUACCCAACAGGAAGAAACAAUGGCUUUCCAACGAGCGGCAGAAUGACCAGAAGUGGGAGCCUAAGGGAGUUCUCUCCUUACCAGAGCCUUCAUCUUGGUCCAUUCUCAUCGUCACUCUCAUCGCCUGGAGCAGAAAGGCAAUCACUCUCCUCUGACUCCAAGUUGCAGCAGUUCUUGCGUACUAGUCCUGCCCUUUCAGAUUCAUCUGCAGCGUGGAUGCACCACGCUGGACACCGGUUCCAUGAGGUGUUCCAAGUCAGACAAGGACGUUAUGCUGACCUAUCGCCUUCGAAGAUAUCAGAGAUGAUGAAAUCUACCAGCUUGGAUAAUGCUCCUACUCAAUCGUUGUUGAGUGUGGUGAAUGGGAUCUUGGACGAAAGCAUCGACAGAAAGAAUGGUGAAAUCCCUCAUCGGGUGGCUUGCCUGCUAAGAAAGGUUGUUCAGGAGAUUGAAAGGCGGAUAUCCACUCAAGCAGAACACCUGAGAACACAAAACAACCUAUUCAAGGCACGUGAGGAGAAGUAUCAGUCGAGGAUUAGGGUUCUUGAGACGCUUGCUUCUGGGACAGGUGAAGAUACUGGGAUUGUCAUGGAUCAGCUUCCACCCAUUAAGGGUGUCAAGUUAAAGGUAGAAGAGAAGACCAAGGUGAAUGACGAGAUAGCGAAGCUGUUGAAAGAAAAGGAACAAGCAAGUCUUGAACUUGCUAGGCUACGCGAGGAGCUCGAAACAACGAAGACCGUAUACGAUGACAUGGUCAAAUUGUUAAAAGAAAAGGAGCAUGCAUACAACCAACCCUCAUCGUCUUCACAACAAGAAAAUGUCAACUGUGAGACGAAGAACACUCAAGUUUCAUCUUUGCAACAAGAACUUGUAGAAGGGAAGAAAGAACUUAAUCACCUAGUUCAUUCAAUGAGAGAUGAGAACCAACAAAUAAAGUAUGAACAGAAGACAAAUGCUGAGAUUUUAGCCUUGCAACAAGAACUAACAGUGACAAAGAAGGAACUUAAUGAUAUGGUUGAUUCGACAAAAGAAAAGGACCAACUGAAACAUGAACAGAAGACAAACACUGAGGUCAUAGCCUUGCAGCAAGAACUAGCUGCAACAAAGAAGGAACUUAACGACGUGGUUACUUCUGUGAAGGAAAAGGACCAAAGGAAACUUGAAGUAGAAGCAACUAUGAAGUCAAAUGAUGAGGUGGGCCGAGAAGCUAGUACUGCUGAAAUAACUGGACGAGGAAUAAUUGUUGAACAAGAAGUUGAAACAAGGAGAGAUGGAAAUGGUGAUGUGGUGGCUACAUUAAUGAAGGAGAAGGAUCAAAUGAGUCAAGAAAUCACAACACUGAAGCAAGAACUCGAAAAGACAAGAAAAGGGCACGAUUAUGAUAAGGCUAGAUUGAUGAAGGAGAAAGAGCAAAUUAGUGUUCAACUCACAACUCUGCUGCAAGAACUCGAAAAAUCCAGACAAGGACAAGGUGAUGAUGUGGUGAGAUUGGUGAAGGAGAAAGACGAGAUGAGUUUCAAAAUCUCAUCACUAAAGGAAGAACUUGAAACAACAAGACAAGAACAUGAUGAAUUGGGGAGAUUAAUGAAGGAGAAAGACCAAGCAGGUCAAGAUCAACUCUCAACGUUGCAGCAAGAACUUGAGACAAUCAGAGAAGCACAUAAGAAUGCAGUGAAGUUGGAAGGAGAACUCAAUUCAAUGAGGAAAGCACGAAAUGAGAUGGCUAGCUUGUUAGAGGAGAAAGGACAAGCUAACCUGAAACUCGCUAUGUCAUUGCAAGAGCUAGAGGAAGCCAACAAGGCACAGGAACAAAAGUACUUGGAACUGGAAGCUGAGACAAAAACUGCAGCAGCUGGUUUCGAUAGGAGGGUAAAAGAGCUUGAAACUUUCCUAGAAGAUUCAAGGAAUGAGCUGAAAGGUCUUAAAGCAACAUUGGAGUCCAGACAACAGAGUUGGAGCAAGAAAGAGACCACCUUUCUCAAAUCUGUCAACUUUCAGUUUCAUGCACUGCAUGAAAUGAGAUUUUCUUCCUCAAGCAUCAAGGAAGAAGUCUUACAAGUGCAGCAAGACUAUUCCGAGAAGUUUCAUAGCCUAGGAGUGAAGUUCAAGGCAUUGGUGGAUGCAAGUGAGAACUAUUACCUGGUUCUUGCUGAAAACAGGAAGCUAUUCAAUGAGCUCCAGGAUCUAAGAGGGAACAUUAGAGUGUACUGUCGAGUAAGGCCGUUCUUGCCAGGGCAAGCUGCAAACAAGUCUGUGGUUGAGCACAUCAGUGACAAAGGAGAAUUAGUAGUAGGGAAUCCUGCUAAAACAGGAAAAGAUGGUCGCAAAAUGUUUAGGUUUAACAGAGUAUAUGGCCCACAAGCUACUCAAGCUGAGGUUUACUUGGACACACAACCCUUGGUGCAAUCUGUAUUAGAUGGCUACAAUGUCUGCAUAUUUGCCUAUGGACAGACUGGGUCUGGCAAAACAUACACAAUGUUGGGUCCAAAUGGAGCACAAGAAGAAGAAUGGGGAGUGAACUACAGAGCUCUAAAGGAUCUCUUCAACAUGUCAAAGAACAGAAGUGACUCCAUUUCUUACGAGGUUGGAGUCCAGAUGGUGGAAAUCUACAACGAGCAAGUCAGAGACUUGCUAACCAAUGACGCCCAGAAGAAAUAUCCUUCUUUUUUCUUCUUUUUGCCCUGCAUUCUUCAUUUUUAA